GUUUGAUCAGCGUACCAUCCGUCAGGGCUGAUGUUGCCCACCUGUGGCAUUUGUUUUUGUUGACAUGGGUAAAAGAAAGUUGUUGGGCAAACGUCCAAUGGCCUAUAUAGCUGGCCAAAGUCUAAUGCAUGGCCAGCGCAAUGAAUUUUCGCGCUUGUUUAGCCAUUGCAAGCGUCUUUGUUGGCUGCUGCUGUGGUGUUGUGUUUCUGGAGCUGCUCGUUAAAUUGGAUCCAGGUGCGGGUAAUCUAAUUACCGCUGCCCAGUUUGCAUUUAUUGCUCUGGAAGGAUUCGUAUUCACAUCGAAAUUUGGUCGAGCGAAACGUGUGAUAAGUCUGCGGGACUAUGCCCUGCUUGUGGUCAUGUUCUUUGUGACCAGCGUGUGCAAUAACUAUGUUUUCCACUUAAAUGUGCCGAUGACGCUGCACAUGAUUAUACGCGGAGGCAGUCUGAUUUCGAACAUGUGCCUGGGCACCAUAAUACUCAAACGGCAGUAUCGGGUCAAGCAAUAUAUAUCCGUUAUCAUGAUUACCCUCGGCAUAUUCAUCUGCACCUACUUCUCUAGCCGCGAUGUGGACAUCGCUAAAGGGCAUGGAACACACUCUGAGACAAACAUAUUUUGGUGGCUAGUAGGCGUGCUGCUGCUUGUGCUGGCACUCUUCAUUUCCUCUUACAUGGGCAUCACCCAAGAGUUGUUGUAUCGUCGACAUGGCAAGUGCGCCCGCGAGGCACUCUAUUACACACAUCUGCUGCCGCUGCCCGCCUUUUUGUUGAUGCACGACAACAUCAAAGCGCAUUGGACUUUGGCCCUAGAAAGUGAACCCUACAAAUUUGCUUGGCUGGGAAAUGUGGCUGUGCCGCUGCUGCUGCUUUAUUUGCUCGGUAAUGUACUGAUGCAGCAUUUGUGCAUUAGCUCUGUAUAUUUUCUGACCACCGAGUGCAGCUCCCUUACCGUCACAUUGAUCUUGACCUUACGUAAAUUCGUAUCUUUAGUAUUCUCAAUUGUAUACUUCCGUAAUCCGUUUACAAUUUAUCACUGGUUGGGCACUGUGCUCGUGUUUCUUGGAACUUUAAUGUUUGCCAAUGUACUCAGUCCAGUUUCCUUGGGUAUGUUGAGACGAAAAGCUGUGAAAAAUGAUUAGACAUUCCAUUUUACAACCGAACAAAAUAAAAGUAGUUACAAAUUUGAACAAAUUACGAUUUAUUCUUUACAUUUAAGUACAAUACAAGUAUAUACGAAAUAAAAGAUCAGAUUCUCAUAGAUCUUAA